UCUCUAAUCCGAAGCUAGAGGCUCCCAUAUACUCACUUCCACUGCAAGCAGAAAAGAUAAGACGAAACAACAAUGUCUGUGUCUGCUAUCUUUGGCACCGGAAUCGCCACCGUCGCUGCUUCUUCGGCUCUUCGCCAGUUUCAAGUUCCGAAAUUGGGCAACGGAGGAGGACUGGGAAUGGUGAUAGAGUGUUCGUCGAGGCCGCAGAAGAAGUCGACUGCCCAUCACAGGAAGACGAGGCCGAAGAAGACUCAGCCUUGGGACAUUAAGAGAAAGCCUACAGUGUAUGCUCCUCUUCCUCCUCUCCCUCCGGAUUGGACUCCGCUCGCUUUUUCUUCCGACGACGGUGGUGUCACCGCCGCCGCUUCUCCAGCCGGAGAUGUGGCCUCAGGCGCCGCCGCAUAGUUAUGAGAGCUUUUUUGGUGUCUAUAUCUGUUAACGUGUUUUCAGUUCUCUGCUGGUCUGUUUCUUCUUCUUGUGUGUUUGUGUUUGAACUUUGAACGGUCAAAUGAAUGGACCAAACUGCUAAAGCUAUCCUCUGUUUUUGGUUUUAAAUGUAUCGCAUUUAUGCUCA